UGAUCUUUUGCACGCUCCUCUCUGUCUGUUUUCUCUCGCUCGCACGCACAGAUCCGAAGAAGAAGAAACUUCCGAUGGCGCCGCCUCCUGGACCUUAUUCUGGAACCAGCACCCUCGCUUUGGUGGCUCGUGCUUCGGCUUUCUCUCUUGGACUCGUUUACGGUAGCCUUAAGCUCAAGUACCUAAAGGCAAAGGCUAAUUCUCAUAAGAAUGCUGAAGUAAAGGCUCAUCACUGAUGGGAAUAGGCUCCCAUUAACGACGGGAUCUAGGCAUGUCUUCUGUUUGGAAUAGAAAUAAUAAAUAAUGAUUGAUUGUACCAAUUUUUUCAUCUUUGCUUUGAAGCAUUUUGGAUUCUGAUACCCAGCCUAUAGCUGCUGAAGUUUCCUAUGAGCCAUUGUUUUCUCUGAGAUCUCUUUACAUGGUCGCCCCCAAUUGUCAUGACAUUUCAGUUUUUACUUCUGAGAACCAUGGGGGAAAAUCUUAGAUGAUUGUAUCUUCCCUUUGUUUGAAUAAUUAUCAUUUUUGGCUCUGAAUUCCUAUUGUA